UGGAGCAAUGACAGGCGCAGGAGUCACACCCCUUCUCAAAGUGUUGCCCCCCUGUUGCAGCUCAGAUCAGAGCCCUCACACAGCAGGCAGGGAAGUCACAAGGAGGGGCUGUCACUCGUGCUCACCACCAGCACCAACAUGUCUUACCAGAAGGAGCUUGAGAAGUACCGGGACAUAGAUGAGGAUGAGUUAAUGAAGGCGAUGUCCCCUGAAGAACUGGCUCAGCUGGACUUUGAGCUCCAGGAGAUGGACCCAGAGAACGUCCUUCUCCCAGCAGGCAUGCGUCAGAAAGACCAAACCACAAAGAAUCCGACUGGGCCACUAGACAGGGAUGCCCUCCUGCACCAUCUGGAGAAGGAAGCUAUAGAGUACAAGGAAAGAGAUGACCUGGUACCAUUUACUGGGGAGAAAAAAGGGAAGGUUUUUGUACCCAAACAAGCCAAACGUGAGAUCCCCAAGGAAGAGCAGAUCACAUUAGAGCCAGAGCUGGAGGAGGCGUUGGCCAAUGCCACGGAUGCAGAGAUGUGCGACAUUGCAGCUAUCCUGGGCAUGUACACCCUGAUGAGUAACAAACAGUACUACGACGCUAUCACAACUGGAAUCAUUACUAAUAAGGAGGGCAUCAACAGUGUGGUCAAGCCAGACUCAUACAAACCAGUCCCCGAUGAACCCCCAAAUCCCACCAACGUGGAAGAGACUCUGAAAAAGAUCCAGAGCAAUGCAUCGGAUCUAGAGGAGGUUAACCUGAAUAACAUCAAGGACAUUCCCGUCCCGACGCUAAAGGAGAUUUGCCAGGCCAUGAAAAGCAACAGCCACGUGAAAAUUCUGUCCUUGGUGGCGACGCGUAGCAAUGACCCUGUGGCCUAUGCUGUGGCAGAAAUGCUGAAGGAAAACAAGACCCUCCAAAGUCUGAACAUUGAGUCCAACUUCAUCACCAGCGCCGGGAUGCUAGCUAUCCUCCAGGCCAUGAGGAGCAACAACAUGCUCUCGGAGCUCAAGGUGGACAACCAGCGCCAGAACCUGGGAGAUACAGUUGAGAUGGAGAUGGCCUCCAUGCUGGAAAAUUGCCCUUCCAUCAUAAGAUUUGGGUAUCACUUCACACGACAAGGACCAAGAGCCCGAGCCGCCACAGCCAUCACAAAGAACCUGGAACUUCGUCGCAAGCAGAAGAAGGUCUAAGGAGUCCGUUGCCCUCCUGAUUGUCGAAAUGUCAGUGUUCUCCCGUUACCUAUAAAUAGGCUCUGUUCUGUGAUGUGUCAUGUUUGUGUACAGCGCAUUGAUUGGACGGAGGGCGGAUUUGGCUAGGCCCCACGGGCGUAAUUCACGGAGAAUAUUCAGGAGACUAUAAAGUGGAAUAAACAGGGCACACUAGGGUCUUUCCUCUUGUAUAUACGUUUCUACCCCACUAUGUUAUCAUCAUCAUCAUCUCAGUGGCCUUCUCAGAUACUUCCCAUGCUGCCCCGCUGCUUAUCUCCCUCUUAAGCCCCGCCCUUUUCCUCCAUGUACAGCACCUUCUUUCCUUACAGGCUGCACUUUAACGCUCACGACAUUGUGCCGAAGGCUGCGACGGAGCUGAAGUGACGCCAAUACCACGGGUUUGGGGGGGAAAUAAAUACAUUAUAUUUAACAAGUUGUAAAUAAAGUGACUUUGAACUCAA